UACUUGGGAACACUUUUUCUAUCAUGUGGACCCUCGCCAUUGGAGUUAUUGUCAUCUUUUUAGUGUAUGACUGGUGGUGCCAUCAAUAUUUCAAGAGGUUGGGGAUUCCUGUGGCCCCAUACUACCCGGUAAUCGGCAAUGCCCACCAAUGGCUAUCGAAAGGUAAUAACAACUUUGGCGAAGAAUGCGUCAGGAAAUACGGGAAAGUCGUUGGAAUAUACAAAUUCCGCUCACCGCUUCUCUAUGUGUCGGAUAAAAACAUCGUGAAAAGGGUUCUGGUUACCGACUUUAGUAAAUUUCCGAAUCACUGGGACAUCCCAGCUCUGGGUUUCCCACUUGACAAGUCUUUAACGUACAUGAAAGGUCAGCAAUGGAAAGACGUUCGUGCAAUCAUGACUGCGUCUUUCACGGCAAGCAAGCUGAAGCAGAUGGUGGGUAUAUUCAACGGCAUCUGUGACCCUCUGCUUGAAAACAUCGCAAACGCCCACGUCCAUAACAAACCAAUCGAUGCAAAAAAGGUCUUUCUUGGUUACGCCCUACAAAACAUUUCGGCGAUUUUUCUUGGUUUGGACAUUUCGUGUCAGACAAACCUUGACCAUCCGUUUGUGAGACGGAUCCAGGGAGCAUUCAGCCCUUCUUUGUUCACACUGAUCCCGAUACUCUUUCCGUGGCUGGGCCCACUUUUUGAACUGAUGGGAGCCAAUAUCAUCCCCAAGGAGUCUGUUGCAUUCUUCAAAAAAGUUAUCCAUCAGUCUCUUGAAGGAGGAGACAUGAUUCGACAGUGUGGGGGAGGCAACGGUCUCAACAAGUACACCGCCAUUGUUGAAGAACUUUACCGACACACAGACCUUCCAGCCAACCUUCCAAUUCCCGAGGAGACUGGUAAACCGAAGAGACUCACCUAUGAGGAGUUUUUUGCCGCGUGUGUUCUUCAGCUUACUGCAAAUAACGAAGCAACAUCCACGAUCCUGACAUGCACCGCCUAUCAGCUUGCUCUGAGCCCAGAAGUCCAGGACAAACUGAUUGAAGAGAUCGAUAGGAAUGCUCCUAACCCCGAAGACAUUAACUACGACACAAUGAGCAAAAUGAAAUAUACGGAGAUGGUGAUAUACGAGUGUUUUCGUCUGUACCCCCCCGUCGUGUCAACCGACCGCGAAUGUUUGGAGACUGUGACGUAUGGCAAGUACACUCUGCCGAAGGGACUGGUGGUCCAUAUCCCGGCUUAUUCGGUGCAACAUGACGAAGACGUUUGGCCAGAUCCAGAGAAAUUCCAUCCAGAGAGGUUUAGCCCUGAAAAUAAGGCUUCCAUCGAACCGGUGGCAUGGCUUCCCUUUGGCGGUGGUCCUCGGAUCUGUGUCGCCGUCAAAUUCAUCACAAUCCUGAUAAAGGUCGUCUUGACUCGAAUCCUGCAGAAGUACCGCUUCGAAACCUGCUCCGAGACACCGAUCCCUCUGACGAUGAAGAAGAUGACUAUGCUGGAACCUCAAGAUGUCUACGUACGUGUGGUGCCAAAAGAAGGCUAAUUAUGUCUUGCACCCAACAUUGAUUUCUUUAAAAGACCAACUGUUUGUAUUGAAAAACCUGGAGCUAAGGUUGCCAAAAUUCCAUGUGAUACACAUUGCUCCUGAAUAGUUCGUAGAUUAAAUUCCACGAAAGGGAUGUAGGUUGGCAUGUAUCUUGGUUCAUUACAGAUAUUUUGGCAUUAUUUCGAAUCAUAAAGCCAAAUGUAACGGGUCUUCCAGAUACAAGCAUCGAUUUUAGUGCGGCUGAGACUACUACUACUAUUAUUGCUAUUGAUCUUUGUUAUCCUUUUAACUACAUGUGUUACCAUUUUUUAUGGGGGAGGUUCUUUUCUGUUCUGUGAGGCAUAUCAAUAGGUUUUUGUUGCUUUUUUAAUGCAAUUUUGUAGUUAAUUUCUUCUAGUCUUGGUCUUGUGAUUUUUAUCGGUGAGCUUUUACUUUUUCUGCUGUUCUGUGAUGCAUGGCCACAUUUACAUUUGAUAUUUUCAUUUUUUUUAGUUAUUCUUUUUGUGAUUGCAACGCUGGCUGAUUGUAAAGCGCCUACGAGCAUUGAUUUUAAAUGGAUUAGGCGCUAUAUAAAUCAACAUUACUAUUGUUUUCAUUACAACUUCUACCGGUAUUAUUAACAACAACAAUAAUAAUAUUAAAAUAAGAGCAUUUGUAAAGCGCCAGUAUCCACGACAAAGGCGCUCAUGGCUCUGGUAUUAACAUUAUCCCUGCAAAUUGGGCUCACACAUCAUCUGAACAGUCAUCAAACUAUCUCAGCUCCCUGGGGAGUAUACUGGCCCGGUGCUGCCAUUUCGGCGCAAACGGCUAAACAUUACUGUGUCUGCCCUUACAGAUAACCAUUUGCUCCUGGGUGGAGAGAGGCACAUAGGAGUCAGGUGACUUGCAAAAUUAAAUAAUUCCUAUUAGAUAGAGGAAAAUGCGAAGAUUUUUCUUUGAUACAAUUUCCACACAUACAUAUUCUUCGAUUUGAAGAGGUGCACAGAUUACUGCACACACAUGUAGCCCCCCCCCCAACCACCACCAUUGGUCACGUUGGAAAUUUACCCUCUGCUUAUCUGCAAGGUUAAGCGUGGCAUAAGGUCACUAACAGUUCAAAAUGAUCGUGUAAGCAGAUUAUGCACCAAGACAUAGUGGACGCUAUCUGACCGCUUUUAUGAAGAGCCACACGUGUCAAAAGUGAUUUUUUCCGAUUUCAAUAUCAUAUACACGGUGUCCACAUAAAAGGUAUACCGAGAUAAAAAAUACUGUAGGGCGAAACUACUUCAUGUAAUUAUGGGGAAGAGAAAUAUAUCUCCCGAAAGGGCAAAACGCCCUCCUCGCAAUGGUAAACAGCUCGUGAUGCUAUGGACACAGAUGAUUGAACAAACUAGACUGAUGUUGAAGAUGCUGAAAUCGGCACUGUGAUAUGUUUGCAUAUUUGAAGGCGCAACCAUGGCCGCCACCUCCGGUGGAUUUGACAGCAUGCAAUUUUUUUUUAUGGGGUGCAGAAGAGCAGAACAAAAUUUUCAGUGCACCCCUAGCCAAUGUUCAGGAGUUACGUGCAAGAGUGAUGGAAGAAGUCAAUAUUCCCCAUCAAGACCCUGAAAUGAUCAUUCAAGCAGUAAGGGACAUUGUUGGGUAUUUCCCAAACUGUUUGUCUCUUCUGUCUACAAUAAAUAUAUUUACCA